AUUAGAUUGGCCCAGAUAAAUCACAAGCCUCUUUCUUCUCUCACUUAGACAAGACAACCAUUAUUCACGGCGAAGAACAUUUCCCCGAAAAACCCUAGAAUCCCAAAAUAGAAUCCCUAAAAGAGAAAGAAAGCAAAAAUGGAGGACACGAAGCCACCAUUGGGAGGUAACAACAAUCCUCAGCAGCAGCAGCAACAACAACAACUUCUCUAUCAACACCAACUACAACAACAACAGAGACAACAACAAAUGCUUCUAUUGCAGCAAUUGCAAAAACAACAACAGCAACAAGCAGCAAUGUCUAGAUUCCCGUCGAACAUCGACGUGCAUCUCCGGCCACCGGGGUUGAUUCAGAACCGACCCAUUAAUCCUCCGCCUCAGCAGAAUCCUACCCCUAACCCUAAUUUGGGACAGCAGACACCGAAUUUUCAACAGCAGCAGCAGCAGAAUGUAUCGAGUCAGCAGAUGAUGCAGCAACAACAACAACAGCAGCAGCAGCAGAAAUUGAUGAGGCCAUUGAAUCACAUCGAGCUUCAAUGCGCUUAUCAGGACGCUUGGCGUGUUUGUCACCCCAAUUUUAAACAACCCUUCUCUUCUCUCGAAGAUGCUUGCGAGAGAUUAUUACCUUAUCAUGUCGUAGCAGAUUACGAAGCAGAAGAGGAUGAUAGAAUCCUUGAUUCAGACCCAACAGGCCAGGCCUUGUCCCGCUCUCAACAAUGGGAUAACAACAUUGCUGCGAAAGUUGCUGAAUUCACGGCAACGUUUGAGAAGCAAGCACUAGCUUUUAACAUAAUAACUCGAAAGAGAGCUAUGGGAGAAUUCAGAUCUGAGGAAAGGUUGAUGGUAGAACAAGCUUUGCUACAAGAUGAAAGGAAAGCGUUGAUUGAACUGAAAGCAGAAAUGGAUAGGGAGAAGGCUGGCCGGGAGGCUCAGGAGGCUAAGCUGCGGAUGGCGGCUUUAGCUCAAGCUGGACAGUCUCAAUCUCAUGCUGAGAUAAUGGCUCGUAACCCAUUAAGGGCUAAUGCGGUUGGAAAUCAGGGCAGCAAUAUUCAGCUUAGCCACGAGAUGGGAGAACAGGGACGUAACAUGAACCCUGAUGAGAUGAUGAAUGGAUGGGGAAACAACAGUCAGAGAGAGGACAAGGAACCUUCAGAAGAUUUCUUGAAUGAUGAGGAGAAUGAGAAUGGAGAGACAGGGGAACAAGAAAACUGGCGUGAAGCAGGAGAAUUUGAUUUGAAUAGCCGGUAAAUGACCAAGGUGAAGACUAUUUGCAGUCUCAUGUAUUAGAAACUGGAAAGGAAAUUACAGUUGCUCUUGAUAUCACUCCAAUUUCUAUAGUUUCAAGCUGCUAUAUAUGCCAGGUUCAGGUCAAGUAUAUGGGUAUCUGAUAGUCAGACUCAAAGCCUAAUGAUACUCUUGCUCUCCGCUAUCUGAAUUACCAAUGAUGGUUCCAAGUAAGCAUUUCUUGUAUCUGUUUGAUGUUUUGUAGCAUAAGUUAGAUGUGUGCAUUACAUGUUGAUGAUUAGUGUCUUCAUGAUACAUGGAGAUGGAGAGGCUGGUUACCUAGUAACCGAAUCUUGUAGAAGGUGUAAGAGAUCCAGAUAGUAAAGCUUAGUAGCUAAAAUAGAUUAUCAUAUGUAAGUUACUAUUACAGAAUUGUAUUGGUUAUGUAUUGGCCAUGUAUGGAAUGAUUGAUUGUGAUAUGUGAAAAGAUUGUAAUAGUUACACAAAUUUAAUCCUCAGGUGGAGGAUUUUUGCAUACUUUCUCAUCAAAUUGGUCUAAUUUUGUUUGUUUUUUUUCCUUAAAAGAUAAUAUGAAAACUAGGGUAAUAUUAAU